AAGUACAAAAAUGGAAUGUCUAUCUCACAUUUUAGCUCUUCUUUUAAUGUAAUAAGGGGGCCACUGUCAACUGCGAUAGCAGAGACCAUCAUAAGAACUGCAAUACGGCGUGAGAAAGAAGCCAGGGGGCAAGCAAAAAACAAACCCAGGUGCAGAAUGUUUUUGAUGGAAAAGCUGCUGCUCCUAUUCCCACUUGUCACCUUCUGCUUUCAGACUGAUGAUAAUAAAAUUCCUAGCCUCUGCACUGGUCAGCCAGGGAUGCCAGGCUCCCCUGGAGCUCAUGGCAACCCUGGCCUUCCAGGCAGGGAUGGGAGAGAUGGAAGGGAUGGAAUGCCGGGAUUAGCAGGUGAAAAAGGAGAACCAGGUCCAGAAGGUGCUCUAGGCCCAAAAGGGGAUCCUGGUGAAAUAGGACCUCUUGGUCCAAAAGGAGACAUAGGACCAGAAGGAGAGUGUGCAGUUGCUCCAAAAUCAGCCUUCACUGCUAAAAUCUCUGAGUCAAGAAGUCUUCCACUUGCAGACACACCUGUCAUAUUCGACACUGCCAUCAUCAAUGAACAGGGACACUAUGACCCACGAACAGGAAAAUUCACAUGCCAAAUCCCAGGAGUUUAUUACUUUGCCAUCCAUGCCACUGUCUUCAGAGCAAGCCUGCAGUUUGACAUCAUGAAGAAUGGCAUCUCAGUAGCUUCAUUUUUUCAGUUCUAUGGUAAUUGGCCAAAGCCCACCUCACUCUCAGGGGGGACCCUGCUCACAUUAGAACCUCAGGAUGAGGUAUGGGUGCAGAUCGGUGUUGCAAACUACACUGGGUUUUACUCUAGCCAGAAGACAGACAGCACUUUUACAGGAUUCUUGGUGUAUUCUCACUGGAAGCACUCAUCAGUUUUUAACCUGAAGUAGAAAAAGAAAUGAGCAGGGGAAUUUAAACCGUCUUAUUUGAGGCACCUGGUUGCUGUCACAAAAUACUGGACAUUGGAUGACAGCUGCUGGCUGGUUGCUGCAGAGCCUUGGAAUGCUACCCUUUCAGCCUGUUUAUUUAUCUGUUACUUUAAGAUUACACUUAUAUGAAACAUGUUUCUUAGAACUAGCAGUGUACUUGUAUUUGAAUUUCUUUGCAAAAAAUAAUGUGCUGACUUCUGUAACAGGCCUUAAGCUGCAGAACAGCACAGAAAAUGAGACAACCUCUUAGUGGAGUUAACCACAAGAUAAGAUGCACCUGCUGCUUCAUUACCACACAUAGGAAUAUUUUUUUUUUCUUCAGAAGCCAUAUAACUGGUGUUUCUAACUCUUAGAAUGCUGGUAGCUGUAUUCCUGGAGGUCUGAGCUGGGAAGUCCUACUACUAACAGGUACUGAUUUUAGCAAAAUUUGCAUCAUGCUCUCUACUUUUCAGAGCACCAGCCCUUAGUAUUUUAUACCGUGGCAUUGUUUUCUUCUGUCACCAGUUAAAGGCAACACUUUUACUGGGCAGUCUCACGCACUUAGAUUUUAGAUGCCUGGCCCUGUUUCCUUUAGUUUCUACUAUAAACACAGUCUGGAAAAACGUAUUAAUUUACCAACUUAGAUUCAUAUAAACAAAGACGAUUUCUGCAGAUCUUAGAUGUUUGGCCCACCAAACCUAGCUAAUUAUCUGCUUACUAAAGAAACCAAAAAAUCCUACGUGCUAGGCCUAGUAAAACAGAUUAUUUUAGAUACUAAAUAAAAUAGCCACAUUUUCUGCAACUUCUCCAUUAUCUUUGACCACUACACACUACUUAGGAAGGCUGUUCUUUACAUAUGCCUUCUUCAUCCACAACAAAAUUACAUCUUUCUAAAACUGUUUUUUUCUUAAAGAAGAUGCAUGGAAAAAUGUGUGCAUGUCUAUAUUACAGUCACACUACAGAUCAUAAUAUCCUUACUACCAAGCCAACAUAAUGUAUCUAACAUUUUUAAUUACACCAUUCCAGUACAGUAGGUCAUAUUUAAUUGAUGCAACUGUAUGUGAAAAACCUAUAGUUUUAUUGACUUUUUUCUCAUUGAAGUCUUAGCUGAAAUUAAUGCUUCACGCACAAAACUCAGUUUUCUUUUUUUAUUAAUUUUAUAUAAUAUGGAUGAUGCACCCAUAUAUGCUUGCAAAUACACUCUCUUGAUACAUUUUACAUUAAUUCUUUAACAUAAAGUUGACUUUCUCCCUAUACCAAGGGGCCAAGCUGCCGAAAUUCCAUUUUUUUGACACAUGGUCAUCAUUUCUUCAUAUGGCUUUUUUAUCCUCAUGGUGUACUGUCCUAUUAGUGCAAUCAUAUUUUCCUAAAUCUGAGCAAUGCUGUUGUUGCUUUUGGUUUAUUAACUCUUUCAGCAGUUAAUGACUUGUUGCUUUGUGUACUAAAUUUUAUAUUUUCUGUCUGUUUUAAAAGUUGACAAUAUUUACUUUAUGUACCAUCUGUAAGGCUCAGAUCAUGCUUGCAAGUAAUAUGCAUGUGGUCAAGGCACCUACCUGUUAAACAAAUGAAGAACCACAUAAACAUAAAACAAAUUAACCUGUGGAAAUAAAAAAAUAAAAAUAAA